ACCGUCACGUCCUGUGGUCACAUCGUAGCUUUCAGUGAGAAGUCUGUUUUGUAUGCCUAUCUUAUUUAGAUGUAGACAUAGUUAGCCCAUUGUGUCAAACAACACCAUGGCUGUGGAGGGUAUCUCCCCUGACUGGGAAUUUGACCGUUUUGAUGAUGGUUCACAGAAAAUACACACCGAAGUGCAAUUGAAGAACUAUGGGAAGUUCCUGGAAGAAUACACAUCACAACUUAAGGGCAUCGAGGAAGCCUUAGAUGAUACUAUUGGUGAUGUGUGGGACUUCACCUUAGACCCUAUUGCACUACAGCUUGUACCACAUGAACAGUCAUCAUUGUUGGAGUUGAUUAAAACAGAAAAUAAGGUACUCAACAAAGUAAUCACUGUGUAUGCCGCCUUGUGCAGCGAAGUAAAGAAGCUAAAAUAUGAGGCUGAGAAUAAGUUUUAUAAUGGUCUACUCUACUAUGGUGAAGGAGCAUCAGAUACCAGUGUGGUGGAGGGAGAAUCACAGAUCCAGAUGGGCAGAUUCAUUUCUUUUUUACAAGAGCUGUCAUGUUUUGUGUCUCGCUGUUUCGAGGUUGUGGUCAACAUGGUUCAUCAGUUAGCAGCUCUUUACAACAGUAAUAAGGCUGCCACAAAAAUUAUUGAGUCUACUGGUGUUCACUUUCAGACAGUAUAUGAGCACCUGGGUGAGUUGCUUGUGAUUCUCAUUACUUUGGAUGAGAUCAUGGAGAAUCACACAACCUUGAAAGACCACUGGAAGAUGUACAAGAGGUUACUGAAAUCAGUGCAUCACAACCCAUCCAAGUUUGCCAUCUCAGAAGAGAAGCUAAAGCCAUUUGAGAAACUGCUUCUGAAGCUAGAAGGACAGUUGCUGGAUGGCAUGAUAUUUCAGGCUUGUGUGGACCAGAGGUUUGAUGAUCCAGGGGAAGGUGUGUCUGUCUCUAAAAACACUUUGUUUGCUGAGGAGUUUGGUCAUAACAUCCGCACAAUUUUUGCCAAUGUUGAGUCAAAGCUUGGGGAGCCUUCAGAGAUUGACCAGCGGGACAAGUAUGCUGGAGUCUCCGGCCUGUUUGUUCUGCAUUUUCACAUUUUCAGGACUGUGGACAAGAAGCUGUACAAAUCUCUGCUGGAUGUUUGCAAAAAAGUCCCUGCAGUGACUCUGACAGCCAACAUCAUCUGGUUCCCUGAUGCGUUUCUCAUCAAUAAGGUUCCUCCUGCAGCCAAACUGAUGGACAAGAAGAGUUUACAGAGCAUCCGCGCACAUAGAGACACUUUUUUACAGCAGAAAGCACAGUCCCUCACCAAGGACGUCCAGUCUUAUUAUGUCUUUGUGACAUCCUGGAUGAUGAAGAUGGAGUCCAUCUUAUCUAAAGAGCAACGGCCUGAGAAACUGGCAGAGGAUCUGAGCAGCAGGUGCAACGUGUUUGUGCAGGGUAUCCUUUAUGCCUACAGCCUGAGCACCAUCAUCAAAACCACCAUGAACAUGUACAUGUCCAUGCAGAGGCCCAUGACCAAGACCUCGGUGAAAGCCUUAUGUCGGCUGGUGGAGCUGUUGAAAGCGGUAGAACACACGUUUCACCGGCGCUCCAUGGUUGUGGCUGAUUCUGUGUCUCACAUCACCCAGCAGUUGCAGUCACAGGCCCUCACAGCCAUUGCCACUGCCAAGAAAAGAGUAAUAUCAGACAAGAAGUACAGUGAGCAGCGGCUGGACGUUCUCUCUGCUUUGGUAUUGGCUGAGAACACUCUGAAUGGGCCAAGCACCAAGGAGCGUAGACUGGUGGUGUCACUGGCACUCAGUGUGGGAACGCAGAUGAAAACCUUCAGAGAUGAAGAGCUUCUACCCUUACAGUUGGUUCUUAAGAAGCUGGACCUGAUCAGUGAACUAAGAGAAAGGGUGAAGGUGCAGUGUGAUUGCAGUUUUCUGUACUGGCACCGUGCCGUUUUCCCCAUCUACUUGGACGAUGUGUAUGACCAUGCUGUGGACGCUGCACGGAUACAUUACAUGUUCAGCGCCCUCAGAGACAGUGUGCCAACAAUGAUGCAUUCCAAGCACAUGGAUUCGUGUGAUCAGCUGCUGGAAAGCUAUGACACUGAAAUCAUGGACGUUUUCAAGGAGCAUUUGUUGGACAAGCUUUGCAAGGAAAUUGAAAAGGACUUGCGCCUCUCUGUGCAUACACACCUCAAACUAGAUGACCGAAACCCAUUCAAAGUGGGCCUGAAAGACCUGGCCCACUUUUUCACCCUGAAACCCAUCCGGUUCUUCAAUCGUUUCAUUGAUAUCAAAGCAUAUGUAACUCAUUACUUGGACAAAACCUUCUACAAUCUUACUACUGUGGCUCUGCAUGACUGGGCCACAUACAGUGAGAUGAGGAACCUUGCUACUCAGCGCUAUGGACUGAUGAUGACUGAGGCCCAUCUCCCCAGCCAAACACUAGAACAGGGACUGGAUGUCUUAGAAAUUAUGAGAAAUAUCCACGUAUUUGUGUCACGCUACAACUACAAUCUCAACAACCAGAUCUUCAUUGAGAAGACAAGCAACAAUAAGCAUCUGAACACAAUCAACAUCCGACACAUUGCUAACUCUAUCCGUACCCAUGGAACUGGAAUCAUGAACACCACAGUUAACUUCACAUACCAGUUUCUUCGGAAGAAGUUCUACAUUUUCAGUCAAUUCAUGUAUGAUGAGCAUAUCAAGUCCAGACUCAUCAAGGACAUUCGCUUCUUCAGGGAGACCAAAGAUGAGUCAGAUCAGAAGUAUCCCUUUGAGAGAGCAGAGAAAUUCAACCGAGGCAUCAGAAAGCUGGGCAUCACACCAGAUGGCCAGAGCUACCUGGAUCAGUUCAGACAGCUGAUUAGCCAGAUAGGCAAUGCGAUGGGCUAUGUGCGGAUGAUUCGCUCUGGGGGCCUACAUUGCUGCAGCAGUGCUAUCAGAUUUGUUCCAGACCUUGAGGAUAUAGUAAACUUUGAGGAACUGGUUAAAGAGGAAGGCCUGUCAGAGGAGACUCAAAAAGCUGCCAGUGUUCUAGACUCCGUCCUUGGUGAUUUGACCAGUAACUCUGCAGAGGGCACUGAAUACUUCAAGAUGCUGGUAGGAGUGUUUUCUCCAGAAUUUCGCAGUGUGAAGAACAUGCACCUCAGGAACUUCUACAUGAUUGUCCCACCUCUGACUGUAAAUUUUGUUGAGCACUCAAUUGGUUGCAAAGAGAAGUUGAACAAGAAAAACAAGGGUGGGGCAGCCUUCACAGAUGAUGGCUUUGCCAUGGGAGUGGCCUACAUCUUGAAGCUCUUGGACCAGUACCAGGAGUUUGACUCCCUCCACUGGUUCCAGGCAGUGCGGGAUAAGUAUUUGAAGGAGAUGAAUGCUGUGGUCAAGGAGCAAAAUGUCCAGGCCACCAGCCAGGAUGAGAAGCUCAUGCAGACUAUGAAUCUCACCCAGAAGAGGCUGGAUAUCUACCUGCAGGAGUUUGAGCUACUCUAUUUCUCCUUGAGUAGUGCACGGAUUUUCUUCAGGGCUGACAAGACGGCAGCUGAAGAGACACAAGAAAAAAAGGACAGAGAAGUCACUAAAAGCAGCGCUACAUCUACUGAGGGUACAUCUUCUGAGUCAAGCACAAAAUGAUUGCAACUCUGCCCAAUACUGCCUAAGAACUGUGAAUGGACUCUACUAUGAGUGUGAAGACCAAUACACACCGGUAGUUUGGGUCAAAAUUGCCUGAGCAGAGAUAGUUUCUGAGGAAGACUUACUUAACAGGAAAAUCUGAGUUGAUAUGGGUAGAAAAAACAAAUUAACUUUGCAAGUGUUCCUGAGCUCUCAGUUGGAUCAGAGAGAUGAAGAUUUUGACUAAUAGACUAUUUUGACUAUAGAUAUUAAUGUACAUUUUUUCUUGAUCAUUCUGUCUGUAUGCAGUGCUUCUGCUCAUUUGUUGUAAUUUGGUAAGUUCUACUAAAAAGAUGAUUAGCUGGUACCACUGACGCUUUGUUUGUUUGUCCUUUUGAUAGCCCCAUAUCCAAACGGAUAUACAUGUACAUGUCUGGGGAACUCCUGCUUUGACAUAAUAGUCAAAUAAUACUUUCUACUUCAGAUAUCAAGAUUAAAUAUACCAAGAUUGAAGCACUGUUGGGAGUUGCUCAAACAAAUGAUUUAAAACCUUUUCCAUCACAAAAUGUGUUAGACUUGAGUAAUCAGUUAUUUGAACUUAUGCAUUUUAAUAUGUAUCUAUAAUAACAGGAUACACAGGAGCUAUUGCAGCAAAUAAUCAGGUUACUUUUACAUACUUUUUUUGUUUGUUUGUUGUUGUUUAACACAUCAGUUAGAUCAUUCAGAAACUACAUUGGCUGUCUGUGUAAAAUGUCUCUUGUUCUCUCUAUGGAUGCCUUAUGUACCUUUAUUCUUCAGCAUCACUUGGUCUUGGAAGAUUAAAUAAAUUAUUUUAUUCACGGCCAUACUAGUGGAUCAGAAAAAAAAAAAAAAAGGAGACCGUAUGAAUGAAUAGUUAAUGACAUUUGCGUAACAUAGCUACCAAGUACCCUGCUGGCUCAAACUGUUUUGGGUAGUUUGUUCCAUAACAUUCCGAAGUAUUUCUUUCUUGCCUUUUGUAAUGUUUGAAAAUAUUUAUAUGCCUAUUUGUCCAAAUAACAUGAGUAAAGAAUCAAUGAAAAAGAA